AUGGACUUUAAUGAGGCUGUGGUCAAAGUGAAACAGUUGAAGUAUCGUCCAACGGAUGACGAGUUAUUAGAACUUUAUGGAUUCUAUAAGCAGGCUGUUAUGGGUGACAACAUUACUAGUAAGCCUUGGAUCGAUUUCAAAGCUCAAGCCAAGUGGGAAGCCUGGCGAAGAAGAAAAGGUAUGUCCAGUGAAGCAGCUAAGAAACAAUAUGUUAAGCUCGUCGAAAAGCUCAUCCAGAAAUGCCACUAA